GUGUGGAUGUUACCUGGGUGUUACUUAAACUGGCCCCUCCUCUCAGUGAACACACUGUAAGGUGAGGCGUUUGAAACUCAGACCGCUUUUGUUAUUUACCUUGACAGCACUCUAACCCUCUUCUCCCAAGUGACACAAAUGAAAUAACCCUGCUCGGUGCCGGUCGUUUAAAGCCUCGGUGGACUUCUGAACCUGAAGCACCUGACGCGCGAUGGAAGGGGAAAUGGCAGGAAAUGUUCCUCAACCUUUAAAUGACAAUGGCAACGAGAGGAUCGACCCCUAUGGCUUCGAGAGACGCCACGAUUUUGAAUCCUACAAGGAGAUGAUGAACGAGUACGUGGCCGUCCUCAACAGAAGGUCGAUGAGAUGGUCCAAGCUCCUGCAAGAGAAACCGCACAUGGAGAAGAACUUGACAGUGAAAAGGUAUGUGCGUAAAGGUGUGCCUAACGAACACCGUGCCAGGAUCUGGAUGGCAGCUAGUGGCGCGCAGGAACAACUGGAGGGCAACCCGGGUUAUUACCAGUCUCUGCUGGCCAUGGAGCACGACGCCAAGCUGAAGGAGACCAUCCACAUAGACAUGCACAGGACCUUUCCCGACAACGUCCUCUUCAAGAGCAAAGCAGAACCGAGCCUGCAGAGGGCUCUGUACAACGUGCUGCUGGCGUACGGACACCAUAACAAGGCGGUGGGGUACUGCCAGGGCAUGAACUUCAUUGCAGGAUACCUCAUCAUCAUCACCAAAGAUGAAGAGAAAUCAUUCUGGCUGAUGGACGCGUUGUUGAGCAGAAUGCUCCCAGACUACUACAGCCCGGCCAUGAUGGGUCUGAAGACUGACCAGGAGGUUCUUGGGGAGCUGGUGAAGGCUAAAGCUCCUGCGGUGGGACAGCUCAUGGACCAGUAUCCUGGCAUAUGGACACUGGUGGUGUCACGCUGGUUCAUCUGCCUCUACAUUGACAUACUCCCAAUUGAGACGGUUCUUCGGGUCUGGGAUUGUCUUUUCUACGAAGGCUCCAAGGUUCUUUUCCGUGUCGCUCUGACUCUCGUCAUUCACCACCAGCCAGAGAUCCUGAGAGCUCGCUCUUUGCCUGACGUGUGCGAGUGCUUCAAACAAAUCACCUGCGGAGCUUUCACUCUGGACUGCCACACCUUCAUGCAGAAGAUCUUUGCCGAACCCGGGAGCCUGUCGAUGACGACUAUCGAUAAACUCAGAGAGAAAUGCAGACAACGAGUACUCGAGGAAGAAUCCGGACGGCCAUAAAGUUUCCAACUUUCCCCCCUCAGCCUUCAUUCAGUCAAACAAAGUAACUCUGGACAAUCAGCUCUCUCCAGACGGACGUACUGAUGGUUGCUUCUGUUAUAAGUUAAGAUAUUACACUCGUCUUUUUGCUCAUGUCCUGCAGGACGUUUCUUGAAGAUCAUCACACCUGACGCUUUUUAAAAAGUCUGUCAUGUUUUUAAUCACUUGCACUUAAAGUCUUGUUAUUUUGCUGCAUGGUAUGGAAGUGAGGGUCUACACUGUAAAUACUGUUUAAUCUGUCAUCUGUAAUCAUGCAUUUCUCUUUAUGGAGUAAAGUUAUAUGUUUAUAAUUUGGUGUGUCCUAGUUUACAGGACCUCGUCUUCACUUUUUACUGUCAAGAAAUGAUUUUAAAAAAGACAUCCCAGUGCCCAAUAUGAAAGGAG